AUGCCUUCACCACUACCCUCCAGUUUUGCCUCUGCCGCUGCUGGCAAUACCCAAGAUUCAAGCAGGAAAGAUGGCGGUAGUAGCGGAGAAUGGACUCGAUCUCGCAUGAACGGAGCUACGCAGACCUUCCGGCGUCCGUCGCUUGCUACGAAUACGUCCCACAACCGUGACUCCAACCAAGCAACGUCUGCAUCUACUUCUACUCCUACCUCCGCCGCAUACAUUCCUCCUCACCUUAACUCCCAGUCCCGCAAUGGCUCCACUGGCGAUAGUCGGUAUUCGAAGGAACAGCUUCUAAAUAUCUACAAGAGCCAGCGAGAAGCAGGCACCUUGGGGAAGAAUGUGGAGGAGUUAUUUGUAGCAGAUUGGAACCCGCUCGAGGAGACUCCAUCUGUAAACGGUGCUUGGGGGAAACGGGAGGACCACAAAGACACACCUGUGGGGCCGGAGGUGUGUUGGGACCACGAGGGUCAGUUCGAACCGUUGGGGCUGAUUGAUAUGAAUGAUGAUGAGAAAGAGCUCUUUUCCACGACGGUCAACUCCCCUCUGAAGCCACCGCCCUCCAGCGCGUCUAAAGAUAACGCUGGUGGUGGUGCAGGCGGACGUAAAACCUCUGUCUCGCACUCCAACUCCUACAAUAUAUCAUCACCAAGUUCCGGCAGACCUGGCACUCGGCGUCGGGAGACCAACGAUUCAGCAGGGAAUUCUAUGUCUCCAACUAGAGGCGGAUCUCGGUUUUUCCGAGACGAGCCAAACACGACGACUCCGCCUCCCUCCCUUCUGCGCCGUAAGACGGACUUUCGCGACUCGAGCUCGAAUGCUAAACCGGAUGAUAAAGAUAAGGCGAAGGAGGGCACCGGUCGGGAGAAUGCCUCGGAGAUAUCAUCACCGUUCGGUUCUCUGAAGCGCACCUCCACAAAUCCCUUGAGCGCAGGACUGACCGGACCGACUUCACCGUGGCCUUCGGCAUCCCAGAGUGCAAGCUUUUCACCAAUGGGAGCUUUCGGCAGCUUCUCGCUGGGUCCUACCAAUGCUCAGACAACUUCGUCGGCGGAGAAAAGACCUGGGUUCGGUAGUAUACGUGGUGAAAGCAGAUUCAAGGGUCUUCUAUCUAAGGAUAGUUCCGAAGAUGUCGAUGCAUCAGGGAAAGAGAAGCCUUCCCAACAGAACAUCGAGAAGCUUUCGGAAAAUGAAGGUGGUAGUCGCUCACAGUCGCCCUGGGGUGAGCCUGUCAAGACUCGGACUACUCGCAGCGAGACAAACCCGUUUGGAGAAGAGCCUCGCAGUGGCAGUGCUGCGCUCGGUGGCUCGCAGGAACUCGGGACGUCGUCUCAAGGGGUCGAUCAGCUUGGCUUCUCCGCGUUCGGCGCGAACUCUGGUGUCCCCGGAUUGCGAGAGUUACUGCAGACGCGCGACAAUUCCCACGACUCUUCCUCCCAGGUCCAUGGGUUAGAGCCAACUAGUCCGACAAACACCAAUCCCUACCAGAGCCCGCGCGGUGAGAAAGCAGACGUCGAUUCUGUGGAGACUGACGGCUCGGAAGUUCAGCGCACUCGUCUUCCCGGGCUCAGUGACCUACAAAAUGAUUCGAGCACUGCUCCGUUUAGCACCAUCCGACGAGCCGGGUCCGGUUUAGACCUCUCAGCUGGCGAUCGCAGCCAAACAUCCAGCGCAGGUCCAGGUAGAAGCUUCUCCGGUCUCGGUGGACUUGGUGGCAUGUCCGGUCUGGGGGGUGCGGGCGGAUGGCCGUCUAGUGGACCCAUUGGUACACCUACCAGAGAGCGACAGGCAUUCUCCGGCUUUGGGGAUCCCAUCUUUGGCUCCAUGGGUGAAAUACAGUCGCCAAGUUUGUCGACUUUGGGCGGAGGCGGCUUUUUCGGUCCACAGACGACUCUUAGCGGCUCCGGUAGCAUUGGCAGAGCCAGCAAAAUGGGCUCUCUUUUCCCUCCUGCGAUGCAGGAACAGAUGCAGGGUGAACAGGCACGCCAGGACUCGGGCGACAGGCAACCGGGUAAGACUACCAUUGACGCUGACGAUGUUAGCGGGCUAACGCGUGAGACCUCUCUUACAGAUACGUCGAAUCAAAUUAAUCCGCCGUCAACCACCUUGUCAACGCAGGUGCCGAGCACUUCAGCCGCCAGCGGUGUGCAGACACCCAUCGCGACGUCGGGGGAGUCUCAAUCCGCCCAGACUCAAACGGCUGGAAACUCUAUCAACAACAUGCCAGCUUCCCAGCAACGGACUAUGGUUAUGCCGGAUCGAAUGCGCUGGAUCUACAAAGACCCUCAAGGCAACAUCCAGGGACCCUGGUCGGGCUUGGAAAUGCAUGACUGGUUCAAGGCUGGCUUCUUUACCCCCGAUCUACUGGUCAAGAGACUGGAAGACCCCGAAUUUGAACCGCUGGCGCAACUUGUUCGUCGCAUCGGAAACUCGCGUGAGCCCUUCCUCGUGCCUCAAAUCGGGAUUCCCUACGGCCCUGACCCUACUCCGUCGGGUCCUUGGGGUUCGCAACCUGGAACGGCCCAGCCGCCAUUUGCGAACAGCUUCCCUACUUUUGGAACGACCCUGACUGCGGAACAGCAGAAUGCUCUGGAGAGGAGGAAGCAAGAGGAGCAGUAUAUGAUGGCCAGACAGAAGGAGCAUUUCGCGCAGCAGCAGGCCAUGUUGAAACAGAUGCAACUGCAAGGAGGACCUCACGGAAUGUAUCCCCAUCAGCUUCAACAUCAUUCCAGCACACACAGCCUGCACAGCCAGCCUAGCUACGGAAGCAUCACCUCGCCGGGAGGGUAUCAGCCUUCGCCGAUCCAGGGCCCCAUCCAGCCGCCCCAGGCCAUGCCGAACUACUUCGGACAGACCACCCUCCCUGGUCUUGGUCCACAAAUGCUCGGCACGGACCCAAUGGGCUCUCAAAACGAACUUCCGGCAUUGCUUGACCGUCUGAACGUGAGCCGUCCUGGCCCCUACCCUUUCGACGCUCCAGCGUCAUUUGGCGCUCGUCAGCAGGACUUGCAUUCUCAACAGGUUGCGCAAAUGUUACAAGACCGGGCUCGUCUUCAGCAGGAACAAGAGCAGUACGACAAGGCGCAUGCGGAUGACGUCUUCGACCAGCAGGCUCGGGAAGAGCGACUCCGGGAAUUUCAUGCCCUCCGGGCCCAAGACGGGGAAAUACUGCGAAGCGUUGAUGGUCUCCCUACUCACCCGACGACUACUGCUGCCCAACAAGACGAGCAGGCGAAAGCACCUCAAGACGAUACUGCUCAAAAGAAAGAGACUGAAACUACCCCUACGACCAACGAGGAACAACCUCUUUCCCUCUCACAGCAAGUUCAAAAGGCCGCUUCAGCCCAGAAGCAGCAGCAGCAGCAACAGCAGCAACAGCAACAACAACAGCAGCAGCAGCAGCAGCAGCAGCAGCAGGACAGCAGCAACAGAAACAAGCGCAGAGUGAUAGCGAACCACACACCCGUGGAGGCGCCGACAACGUCGAUUGCCCCGUGGGCGAAGGAUGCCAGUGAAGCGCCUAAGGGACCCUCUCUGAAAGAGAUCCAAGAGGCCGAGGCCCGCAGCGCUGCCCAGCGAGAAGAAAUGGCCGCCGCAGCCCGUCGAGCUCAGCUUCUCGCGGAACAGGAGCGCAUCAGCCAGGCACAGCAAGCGUCAUCAUCUCCAGCACUGCCUUCGACUGCAAACUGGGCUAGUGCGGGAUCUCCUGCGACUCCUGGAUCGAAUGGUUCCAACGUGUGGUCCAAGUCUGCCGCCGGUGCUAAAGGUGCAGCCGCCAACCAGCCUGCGAAGAAGACCCUUGCGCAGAUCCAAAAGGAAGAAGAGGCACGCAAGCAGCGUCUGGCUGCGCAGAAUGCUGCACAACAGGCCAACGCCAACACGGCCACUGUAGCUGCCGGUAAACGUUAUGCGGAUCUCGCCAGUAAGGCGGCAGCACAGCCUGCACCUGCAUCUAACAACACUUCUUCCGGUGGUGGUGCCUGGACGACUGUUGGUGCUGGAGGGAAACCCAAGCCACCGCCUGCUGCUCCUGCCGGACCUCGUUCGACCGCUGCCACCGUCUCUGCGCCCCAGACAGCCAAGUCGAAACCAGCGGCGGCACCGGCGCGGACUGUUACCGCCAACAACACCACUCCAGCAGCGAAUCCCAACCGGGCCACGGAGGAGUUGGUCAAGUGGGCUAAGAUGUCUCUCGGCAGGGGACUCAACAGCAACAUCAAUGUGGAUGAUUUCGUUCAGCAGCUUCUUCUCUUGCCGGCGGAAACGGAGAUCAUCUCGGACUCUGUGUAUGCCAACUCCCAGACUCUGGAUGGACGACGGUUUGCGGAAGAGUUUAUUCGGCGUCGCAAGCUGGCCGACAAGGGCAUUGUGGACCCGGUCAACACGAGCGCGUUUGGUGACCAGAAGAAUUCGUCUGGCGGAUGGAGCGAGGUCGCGAAGAAGGGGUCCAACCACGCGCAUCGGGAGGAUGAUAACAGCAAUGCCGCUUUCAAGGUGGUGGCUGCCAAGAAGAAGGGCAAGCGGUGA